CUCGCGCUCAGAAUUCCGUUCUGCAAAUCUCAUCUGUUGUGUGAACUCAUCAUGCCGAAUUCCCAGCCUGAAGACAAGGUUCCCAAGAUGACAGCUGUGUCCGGUCCUGGCGAUGCAAAGAAGCCGACGACAUCUGCCCCAGCGGCGUCCGUCGCUACAUCGGACAAGAAGAUGACAGCUGUGUCCGGUCCUGGCGAUGCCAAACAGCCAACGACGUCUUCCCCAGCUGAGCCUGUUGCUACGUCGGACACCAAGAUGACAACUGUGUCCCGUCCUGGCGACGCCAGACAGCCAACGACGUCUUCCCCAGCUGAGCCUGUUGCUACGUUGGACACCAAGAUGACAACUGUGUCCCGUCCUGGCGACGCCAAACAACCAACGACGUCUUCCCCAGCUCAGCCUGUUGCUACGUCGGAACCAACGACGCCAGCACCAGAGGUCCCCAUCGCUACGUCGGACAGCAACGCGACAAAUGGGUCCGACUCAACAACGCCUCUUCGGUCGCCGGAUCCUGAGUCAUCGGAGACGGGAGAUCCCUCGAGGUCGCCAGGUCCUGAGGCACCGCAGGUGGUAAAUCCCUCGAAGACGCCAGGUUCUGAGGCACCGGAGGCGGGGAGUCCCUCGAACGAUGCUGGCCCUCCUGCUGAAGUUGUUGCUCCAGUGAUUGCUCCUGAACCACCGACACUAAUGAAGAACCGAGUGGUCGUAUACGGAACAGUUUUUCUGGCAAUCAUGUUCACUGCCAUCGUCGCGAGAUCGAUGAUGGUCCUCGGAAAAGUUGAUGUCUCCACGAACCCAGUCAGCACGCGAAAACAUGUCCCAGCUAAAACCACGGCAGCGCCACCUACCACCACGUCGACCAGCACAACCACGACGAGUACGAAGCCUCCCAUGACCGAUGAAGAGCUGACUAAAAUAGCUGAAAGGCGACCCAUCACAGUCUUGUUCGUCGGCGACCGCGAAUACAGCACGAUAUCAAAGGAACAGUUCAUGAUAUACGCACAGAGCCACCUGAAUUUGAUGAAUGCAGCCUUUGCAACUGUCGACGUCAGGCUGAAGAUGAAAGUGUACGACACCUACGUGAUGACUGACAAACAGCACACCACCUACCUUGUCGAAACACCGAUAAAGAACAUCCCCCUCAUACAUGCAGAGAAGACCCUGGAUUCACUUUCGACAACAUUUGAACAGUUCCCCGGGGGCAAUGAGUCCGACAUCGUGUUCGUAUUCACUAGCAAGGGUCUGACAUACGACGGAAAAUCUACGAAUUAUAAAGGAAUCACCAAGCUGCGUGUUGGUGUUUGUGCGGGACGAGACAAGGUGGCUCUCUUCUACGACACCCCCUUCUCCUAUAUAGCUAUACUCACUAUGUGGGACAUCAUCAGAGCAAGGAUUCCCAAGGCAGAUGGAUGCAAUUGGAGUCAACUGGACAAGUGCGUGCCCCAGAUCCUUCCCACAUAUAAGGAUGACUUGAAGGCAAAGCGGUGCCACAUGAGCAACGACACGAUGAUUGCGCCCAGAUUUUCAGGAGUGGUUGGCUACGACUUAAAAAACCUGUGUAAAGACAUACUUCUUCCUUUUGGAGCAACACCAUCAGGUGAGGUUAAAACGAACUUAACUUGCUUGUCCGGGUGUGGCGUACCUUGGAAUCUUCAGCUCUGGUUCCUUGCUCCAUGCUUGCCGACGCAGACUGUUGCUUCAGGAAAAGCAUGCUUCGACGACGACGUUAUGAUGUGCUUUGAUGGGACAUGUGGAAAGAAAUACAGCGAGAUAAAAGCACUGUCCCGUAGCAACUGGCAUCAACCAGACACUUACUACAACGAAGACCAGGCUUGUGCAAAAUAUCCUUGAGGCGACGUGACGUGGGCUACAAUUGCUACAUUAAGGUGUCCUCUAUGUUGCUUUGGUGCAGCCAAGUGACUCGAUAACAGACUCAGUGUUCAGUGUAUUGCGUCAUAAUUGUGACUGAGACGUGUGAUUGAAUGAUACGACUCCUUAACAUAUUUAUACUACAUCCCCACUUAUGCGUGAUAAAUGUUGGAAUUGUGCUACAUGUGAUACAGUGUAAAGUGGGACACAAUUGAGAACAAGGCUCAUUGUUGUACGGUC